AUGAGAUUCUCUGAAGAGCAGAUAUUGUGUCUUCUCAAUCUCUCCUACAAUAAAGUUAUAGGCUCACUUCCGAAAGCUAUUGUUAUCCAUUAUCCGAAACUCAGGGUUCUUGAUGUUAGUUCUAACAGCUUGGAUGGCCCACUCCCGAGGGGGUUACUGUCCAUGCCCACUCUGGAAGAACUCCACGUUCAGAACAAUGUCCUGACAGGUUCUGUUCAACUUCCACCUGCUUCUUCUUCUGGUUCCAGGAUCCGUCUUCUUCAUCUUUCCCAUAACCGGUUCAGUGGCAAUUUUCCUGGAGAGUUUGGAUCAUUGACCGAUCUCCAAGUGCUGAAUCUCUCAGCAAAUAAUUUGUCUGGUUCUUUGCCUACUUCCAUGAAUGACAUGGCCUCUCUGAGCUCAUUGGAUAUAUCUCAGAAUCAUUUCACCGGGCCUCUCCCAAGCAACUUAUCCAGCAGGCUUGUGGCCUUCAAUGUGUCUUACAAUGAUUUAACAGGUGUUGUCCCUGAAAAUCUGAGGAAGUUCCCUCCCUCUUCCUUUUAUCCUGGAAACACCAAGCUGGUUUUGCCUGAUGUAUCUGCUGGAUCAAAUGCCUCUGAAAGUUCCAAGAAGAAACCCAUGGACAAACUUGUUAAAAUUGUUAUAAUUGUUUCAUGUGUUGUUGCUCUAAUUAUUCUGAUCCUUGUCUCUGUCGUCCUGAUUUGCAUCUGCAAGUCAAGAAGAGAUCAACAUCAUGGUGUUACUGGUAAAGAAAUUCAUAGACAGGCUCGAUCUAACCCCUCGAGCAUGGGUGGGGCAGGCAGUAGAGGAGGCAUGAUAGUUUCUGCUGAGGAUAUUGCUGCUUCAAGAAAAGGCUCAUCAUCCGAAGUUUUCAGUCCAGAUGAGAAGCUAGCUACUGUAUCUGGCUUCUCUCCUUCCAAGACCAGCAAUUUAUCUUGGUCACCAGGCUCAGGAGAUUCAUUUCCGGCAGAACAACAACUAGCACGGCUUGAUGUUAGGUCACCUGAUAAGCUCGUGGGUGAGCUGCAUUUUCUCGAUGAUUCGAUCAAAUUGACUCCAGAGGAGUUAUCUAGGGCCCCAGCCGAAGUAUUGGGAAGAAGUAGCCACGGGACCUCUUACAGGACAACUCUGGAUAAUGGGGUGUUCUUGACUGUGAAAUGGCUUAGAGAAGGUGUGGCAAAGCAGAGAAAGGAUUUCGAAAAGGAGUUGAAGAAGUUUGCUAACAUUAGGCAUCCGAAUGUUGUGACUCUUCGAGGGUACUAUUGGGGUCCUACACAACACGAGAAGCUUAUUCUUUCGGAUUAUAUUACUCCCGGAAGUCUUGCCAGCUUCCUUUACGAUCGGCCUGGAAGAAAAGACCCUCCAUUAAACUGGACUCAGCGACUCAAAAUCGCAGUUGAUGUGGCUCGUGGUCUUAACUACCUCCAUUUUGACAGAGCUGUUCCACAUGGCAACCUCAAAGCGACAAACAUUCUCCUGGAUGGUCCGGAUCUAAACGCACGCGUAGCUGACUACUGCCUCCACCGUCUCAUGACCCCUGCAGGCACCGUCGAACAGAUUCUUGAUGCAGGCGUUCUCGGGUAUCGGGCUCCUGAGCUCGCUUCCUCCAGGAAACCAAUACCCUCUUUCAAAUCAGAUGUCUACGCAUUCGGGGUAUUACUUCUAGAAAUCUUGACCGGAAGGUGUGCAGGAGAUGUGAUCACCGGUGAACAAGAAGGGGUCAAUCUGAUCGACUGGGUGAGGUUACGUGUGGCGGAGGGUCGUGGGACUGAAUGCUUUGACUCGGUGUUGACUCGAGAGACGGGCAGCAACCCUACUAUGGAGGACAUGAAGGAGGUUCUUGUGAUUGCCUUGAGGUGUGUAAGACCAGUUUCCGAGAGACCGGGGAUUAAGACCAUUUAUGAAGAUCUGUCUUCCGUCUAGACAUUGUUCCUGUUGUCUUUCUGAUGUUUUUGUAGUCUCCGUCAAGCCCAUGUUUUGUUUCAGAAAAGAUGUGCUUGAUUCAGACAGUUCAUCACUGUCUGAAGGUUAGUUCUAACCCGUCCUCCACAUGCUUGGAAAACAUUGAACUCAUUUUUCCUCUUUGUCCAUCAUUUCUUGAUUCUUGAUGGAAUCUGUCCAUAGGAAGUCGCAACAGUUGGC